AUGAAUUUUCAACCAAACAACCCAACUUACUCUGCUCAGCCCGGGCAACCAAGCUCCGACUGGGCUGUCCCGGGGGUAGAUCAAGGGCCACCACCUCAAUAUAUAAAUCCAAUAAGUCAACCACCUGACCAACAACCACCUUUAGACUCAGACAACAAAAUGUACGGUGUAGCAGAAUCCGGAGGGCUCGGCGAUGCCGCGUUUGCCUUCGCUGAUCAGUCUAUCCGUAUGGUUUUCGUAAGGAAGGUGUACUCAAUUUUAAUGGUGCAACUUGCCAUCACGGUGGCAAUUAUAUCUCUCUUUGUGUACGAACCGAGCGUCCAGUUGUACUCAUUUGAACAUCCGGAAAUGUGGUUGAUUGCGUUUCUCAUGGCCAUCGGCCUUAUAAUCGUUCUGGCUCGUUGCCACGAGUUCCGACGGCGCUGGCCUUUGAAUAUGAUUUUACUGGGACUUUUCACUCUUUGCGAAGGUUUUUUGCUGGGCACUUUCUCGGCUUCCUACGAAUCGGAAGAAGUGCUAAUCGCCGUCGGUAUCUGCUCGGCUGUUUGUUUUGCGCUCAUCAUUUUUGCUGUGCAGACUAAAUGGAAUUUCACGGCUUAUGGAGGAAUCCUCUUUGUUUGCGCCAUCGUUCUAAUUAUUUUCGGAAUCGUCGCCAUUUGCAUCCCCAGAGAUGUUACCCAACUCGUUUAUGCCUCGCUGGGCGCGUUACUUUUCAGCAUUUACCUAGUCUACGACACCCAAUUGAUGCUCGGUGGAAAGCACAAGCACUCGAUCUUCCCUGAAGAGUACAUCUUCGCAGCCCUCACUCUCUACUUGGACAUUAUCAACAUCUUCCAGUACGUCCUUUCCCUACUUCGAUUCACACGUAAAUAA